GUGACGUCACGCAGCCGGCUUUCAUCCCUCUCCCUCUCUCUCCGCUCCUCCUCGCGCAGCUGCUGCACCGGUCUGUAGACAUGGCGAACGUCGCAGACACUAAACUCUACGACAUCCUUGGAGUAUCUCCGUCAGCCACCGAAAACGAGCUCAAAAAGGCAUACAGGAAAUUAGCAAAAGAGUACCACCCUGAUAAAAACCCUAAUGCAGGUGACAAGUUUAAAGAGAUCAGUUUUGCGUACGAGGUACUGACUAACCCGGAGAAGAAGGAUUUGUACGAUCGGUAUGGGGAACAGGGCUUGCGUGAGGGUGGCGGUGGCGGAGCCGGAAUGGAGGACAUCUUCUCUCACAUCUUUGGCGGAGGUCUGUUCGGCUUUAUGGGCGGCCAGAGCAGCAGGAGCCGGAACGGUGGCCGACGGAGAGGAGAGGACAUGAUACAUCCACUGAAGGUGUCUUUGGAAGAUCUGUACAAUGGAAAAGCAACCAAACUACAGCUAAGCAAGAACGUACUCUGCAGUGCCUGCAAUGGUCAAGGGGGUAAAACGGGGGCCGUGCAGAAGUGUGCCACAUGUCGGGGCCGCGGCAUGCGGAUCAUGAUCAGACAGCUGGCUCCUGGCAUGGUACAGCAGAUGCAAUCCGUGUGCACUGACUGCAAUGGAGAGGGUGAAGUUAUUCACGAGAAGGACCGCUGUAAAGAGUGUGAGGGCCGUAAGGUGUGUAAAGAGGUGAAGGUCUUGGAGGUGCACGUGGAUAAAGGAAUGAGACACGGGCAGAAGAUCACAUUCAGCGGAGAGGCGGACCAGUCACCCAACACAGAGCCAGGAGACAUUAUACUGGUGCUGCAGGAGAAAGACCAUGAGGAGUUCCGUCGUGAUGGAAACGAUCUGCACUUGUGCCACAGGAUUGGUCUGGUGGAGGCGCUGUGUGGAUUUCAGUUUAUGCUCACGCACCUGGACGGCCGACAUCUCGUCAUCAAACACCCCCCUGGCAAAGUCAUAGAGCCAGGUUCUGUAAGGGUCGUCCGAGGGGAAGGAAUGCCUCAGUACAGAAACCCCUUUGAGAAAGGGGAUCUGUACAUCAAGUUUGACGUCCAGUUUCCUGAGAACGGCUGGAUCAGCACGGAGAAACUAACUGAGUUGGAGGAUCUGUUGCCGUCGCGUACAGAGGUUCCUGUCAUCUCAGCUGAUGCGGAGGAAGUUGAUCUGCAGGACUUUGACAUCAGUCAGGGAUCGUCUGGUGGUCACCGCCAUGAAGCGUAUAACGACAGCUCCGACGAAGAAGGUGGUCCGCAUGGGCCAGGGGUGCAGUGCGCCCACCAAUAGUCCCAGAAUUCUUUGCAAGUUUUUUUGGUCGGACAGAUUCAAUCCCCACCUUCACAUUCAUCAUAUA